AUGCCUCCCAAAAGAAAAUCAAGCGACUCCGGGAGCAGCGCAAAAAAGUCCAAAGGCCCAGCAAAGAGUCCUGAAGUAGAUAUGGAAACCGAGCGCGCACUGAACAAACGCUGGGCCCCUGUCUCGGUAUCCCGCAACGCCGACUCGGAGUUCAAAUUACGAACUCGCGACCCCAUCAAGGCUUUUACUUAUAUUUUGCCUAGGAUGCGCACCUUGGAAGACAGAGAGCAGAAGAAGAAAGAUGAUGCGGAGGCGGACGAUGCCACUACCCUCGAACCUGCUUCCGAGCAUCCAGGAGAGAAAUGGAUUUUCACAAACGCUGGCGUGGCCAAGUGGAUCGCGCUAAAGCAAUGUACUGCUGUGCGCGACCCGGAUAACUUCGAGAUGCAUGUCUACAAUGACUUCUUUGGAUAUGCCGUUAUGGAGCUGGUGGAGAACCUGCUUCUUGAUUUUGACGAGGCUGCCGGUGACUGGAAGAUGCAGUGGGCUAUCUGUGAAGCGACGGGGCUGUAUUUCCAAAUGAGUGCUAUCAUGUCGAUGGUUGGCUGCGAAGACGGAGAUACCGUCAAUGCGAUAUGUACCACCUUCGCCACAAUGUUCCCUACCAUGCUUGCUACUCUGGAACGAAAUGACCUCUUCAAGUCGGACUCGGAGGUAAAGAAUCUCGGAGCCGUUAUCGGUCUUUUCAUCCGCUUCAUUGUUGAUGUCGAAGAGUACGGUAUUAACUGGGAUGACCAUGAUGCCAAGAUCGCGGCCUAUGCCACCAAGCACGAUAUCACAGUUCACGGCUUAAACCACAAGCGCUAUGAAAAGUCUUCUCGUGAGGAGUUUGAUCUUCCCGAGGCUACGGCUGAUUCCAAUGAUCCAUGGGGCUGGCAAAAGGCAUUGGCAACGCUGAAGGAGAUCCAUGAUGAGAACCUGGGCGGUGAUUCGAAAGACAUCACGUCUUGGACUUCCGCAGAACGCAAGAAGGCAUCUUUCAACAACAAGGAUCCCAUUCCCCGAAGCGCCAUGACUCAUAUCAAGAAUGGCGAUAUUAUGGAGUUGGGUGGUUGA